ACUAAUUUGAACUAUGCCUCGUACGGAGACCCUACGGUACGAGCAAGGUACCAUACGGUACCAGUUUUCAUAUUGUCAAUUUCGCUUAUCUCUUGCGGUACCGUACGGUACAGUGCCAACGAGCCCAAUGCUACUGUAAGUGGGGGGUCGCAACGUUUUUCUGCUUUCUCUUACGACGAUCGGAACAACAAGAAACGAUCUCAACAUCACCAGUACCAUACGGCAGUAUCUCGGAAUCGAAAUUAUUCAAUGCCAACAUCACCAUGGCUCGUCUUCGUCGCAAAGUAGAAAGAAAACAAACGGACGACCGUGUCGUCGGGAGACCGUUACAACUGUUGCUUGUUGGAGCUUUUCUCUGCUUUAUGGCAAUGAAUAGCCUAGAUACUGUCAUGCUGGAGAUCAAGACGGCAGUGCUAGAUUCUUAUCAAACUGUUGCCAAGGUGACUUACAGCGUCACGAACUCCUCAUUUUUGCAGCAGCAGCAGCAACAACAACGACGACAACAACAACACACGCUGCCGCCUCUCGAAGAAUUGGUCGACAGCAUCACAAAUUCCACCCAUCCUGAGAAGAGUUAUCCAUGUCCGAAUGGAACGAUCGUCUUUCCAGACACCCCUCUUCCACCGACUGAAAACGGAACACACCACAAAAUCCCAAAGAUCGUCCAUAUCACAGCUAAAAGCCGGUGCGUUCCACCCAAUAUCUACAAACACUUGAAGCAAUGGGAGUUUAAGGGAUACGGCUUGUAUUUACACGACGAUACCGCCGUCCACAAACUCUUGAGAUAUGCAAUUCUCGACAACGAUGGAAAAGGCUUGGUGCCAGACUUGGAGGCGGUCCUGUCGUGUGUCACCUCGGGUGCGACGCUUUCCGACAUUUGGAGAUACACGUUCAUUGUGAGUUACGUAGGUCGGCGGUAAUGGUUGGUGUGCUCAUGAAACGCGAAAUAAAUCAUUGACCUUUGUGUUCUGUUUGUUUCUUUUCCAUCGUACGCUCUGCUCUGCCUGGGUGCUCAAUGCAUUCCCCUCUCCGUACUCAUAAUGCACGUCGAUACGCGACCUUCCUCCAACUACAAAUCGUCUAGUGGUACUACGGCGGUAUCUACACAGACUUGGACAACUCGCCUACGGGAUUCAGCGAAAAUACUAUUUCUCCAAGCGACGAUGCCUUCUUUCCACUGGAAGGUCUGGGGAUAGUUGCCCAAUAUUUCUUUGCGGUUUCUCCGAGACACCCCGUCAUGUUGCAGUCAUUGAAUAGCGGGAUAAGUAACUUGAAGAAGAUAAAACACGUGAUGGUCAACAACCCAGCAAUUAACACCGGACCUAAAGCGAUUAAAAUUGGGUUUGUUGAGUUUCAGAAAGCGGUAGGAAUUUCUACCGACGGGUAUAUAGACGCGGGCACAUACAUGGGUACCCUCGACGAACCCUUGCGGUCCUAUCAAACGGCAAGCGGUGGUAACAGCAAAAUAGAUGACGAACUCUAUCAAAAUAGAACCAUCUUAGUUGUUGGUAAGAAGCAAGAAAGUCAAGAAUAUGUCGAUCGUGGCGGACUUCAACACCAUGCCAAGCUGAAUUACAUGGAAGCACAUGGAAUGCCACAUUACCACGGUCGUUGGAAGAAGUACGCGGGAGUUCGAGACCAAAUUUCGUGCAAGCAACACAUUGAAAUGCAAGAAGAACGGAUACGGGCGCAAAAUUUAACGCUGCCUCCUGCCUACGCCCCUGGGAUGGAGCAUAAUGAAUGGUAUCCUCGAUACCAUCGAGCAAACUAUACUUACGGCAAACGACUUUGAGAACAUUCCAUUGAAAUCACUCACAAGCUCGAAGAGAAGAUGAUGACCAACCGAUUUGUACAUCAAACCUUCCCAUGUAGGAAUCGCAUGGCUCGAGCAAGGCGAUCGUCCCUCUGGUCAGCUCUUGGGUGCUGUAUAGUCAACAUGGUCAAGCUUUUUUUCAUUCAGCAAUAAAACGGGUUAAUAAAC